AUGGGGGUCCAAAAAACAUUCACCGUCAUCCCGCCCGCCGGGCCGGCCACGCGGACCCCCGUCGACAAUCGCCCCAUGACAUCCAAGCAAGUACGCAAGGCCUACCAAGCGGCAAAUCGCGUGCCGCGUCUGUCCAAAGCAGAGCGCAUAAAGCAGGAGAGAGCCGAGCAGGAGCGUAUUCGAAAGGAGUUUGAAAAGGAAAAGGCUGCUGCCAGAGCAAAGUUCCUGCGAGAGAAGAAGAAGGCAAAGGAACAGGCAGAGAAAGAGGAGAAGAAGAAGAAGGGCCUGCCGCUCGUGACGGUCCGGCCAAGCCAAGACACCAUUGCCAAAUUCUUCCGAGGAAAUGGAUUGGGCCACAAGAGGAGCUGCGAGGGUGAGGACGUGGGUGAGGCUGCAGAUACUGCGAAAGCUUCGGAAUUACCUGUCGUGGAAGAAUUGGUAGAGGACGACGAUGAAGAGGAAGAUGAUUUUCCGAGCCCUAAACGCCUAUGCAAUGAAACAGAGCAAGAUGGAAAAGUUGGCGAGGGCGUAGAGAGAAGGGAGAGACAUGCGUCUCCAUUACCUGAAGAACCCUGCGCUGAGUCUCGUGUUGUUGCUGAGGAAAAGCAGAACGGGCUCAUCAUAGAAGAUGACUUUUUCGAUGGGUUCGAAAUAAUGUCUGAUGAGGAGAUGUCAAAGCUGUCCUUUAACGAAACGGCCACACAUAUUGGCGUGGAUAAUAGAAAGGAAGACGCAGCGCCACAAUCCCCUGUGGAACUAGACGCUAUGCCAGUCGAAAAAGAGAAGAGCCAUCUACACGAUAGGGCCACAAGUCGCCAAUCCAGUCCUAUCAAGUCAACCAAGAACCCUAAAACAGGAGAUUCCCAAGAAUUUGAUUUGAUUUUCGGCACGUCACAGUCUCCUGUGGAACUCGACGCUACUCCGGUUGAAAAACAAAAGAGCCAUCCACAGGACAAGGCCGAAAAUCACCAAGUCAGUCCUGCCAAGUCAAUCAAGAACCCUGAACUCGGAGAUUCCCAGGAAUUUGAUUUGAUUUUUGGCGAUCAAGAGGAUUUGGAAUUGGAAAUGCUGGCUCUUGACGCUAUCCCGACUUUCCAGCAAACACCUACCAAGGAAUCUAUAGAGAUGCCUUUGCCACGAAGCCCUCAGAAGUCGAGACGCAAGACGACCGCUCAUGAGUUGGAUCUCGGGCUUGCCGCUGACUCUGAUCCUGACAAGCAAACUCAUCGGGCAAAAAGCCAAAAAGAGCAUGACCAAACGUCUCUUAUGCCACCGCCACCAAUACCUUCUGCUCCGCGACCCUCAGUCUCUCCCAUUUCGCCAGUAGCUGCAGAACCGCAAGCACCGCCUCUCAGCACGCAACAAAUCCUCUUUAACAUGGACGAUUUCUUUCCUUCGCCCUCGCAGCAGGCGGCUGAGCUGGAAGAAGAAGAAGUUACAUUCACCUCUCCCAUCAAAUCAAGGUUGGAGUCUAAAGUUCAAACUCCGAACCCACCGCGGGUAUCCCAAAAAGGCCCGUUCUCUCUAGGAUCUCUAUCCUCGUCGUCGCCUGACACACCUAAGCCCUUUUUUACUGCUUCUGGAUCCAAUGAGAGAAUGGCUGUAGCUUUGCUUCGUAGCCGACGGACGGCCGAGCAAGAGGAGGAGCGGAGGCGACAAACAAUGCAGUUGGAGCUUGCCGAAAUUGAAAAGACCAGAAAGAAAGAGGCCGAGCGCCGUGCUCGAGACGAGAUGCUAGCGGCUGGCAAAUUAAACCCCAAGCAUGCCAAUCAUACAGCUGCUAGAACAGGACGCGACGGGGCACAGAUUUCGAAUCCAGCGAGCUCAGCCCUUGCAAGGAUAUCGCAGUUUUCGACGAGGAAAAGACUCAUCAUGAAUGAUAACCGCACUCCCGUAAAGCCCACGCCACAGAGAAGGCCGCUGAUUGAAACAAAUCCAAAGGCUACAACACCGGGUACUAAAUCACCCAUUGUAGCUAACAUGAGCAGAAAAGUUACUUCUCUUGGGAGCAAUUUUCGACCGUCUCCGUCCUCUUUUACCCCUCACAACACCAACAGGAUGGUCCAAGAGGCAAGGCAGCAAUACUCGUCUCCAAAGCACGCAAACACACCCAUCAUACCAGCAAAUAAACCGAAAGAUGCCAAUACCUCCCUCGAUACCAGCGAGUCCAAGUGCCCACCAGCUUCGCAGGAGUCAGAAUUCGGCGGCAGCUGGAUGGACGAGUUGGCGACGGAGCUUUCCUUAUGA